AUGGAACCUGUCCAGAGCCCCCCUGGGAUAAAAUCUCAGCUGGGGAGCAGAGCUGGGCUGUCUGGGCUUGUGCUCGCGGUACGGCUCACGGAGGAUCCCAACGUGUUCGUUUCUGUCCUCGAAGCUGGUAGCGGGAACUUUCACGAUGAAAACAUCGAUGUCCCAGCCAAUCUUGCUCAGACUUGGGGAAAUCCCAAUUAUGACUGGUCCUUCUUCAGUACUCCUCAGACGGCGGCAGAUCGCAGGCCAAUUUUCCUUCCCCGUGGUAAAGGUCUUGGUGGAUCGACUUUGAUUAACGUGAUGGAGCUCACAAGAGCUUCUUCAACUGAAUACGACGGUUUUGAAAUACUCGGAAAUCCUGGCUGGAAUUGGAAUAGCUUCCUGAAAUAUUUCAAGAAAGCACAAUCCUUCAACUUCCCCCCAGAGGAUGCCGAAUUAUCUGGAAUGCAAUUCGAUGCCGCUGUUCAUGGCACUGAUGGCCCAUUGAAAAAGAGCUUCCCUCAUUACAUUGACAAUAUCGUGGGACCAGCUCUACAGACCUCAGAUAUGCUCGGAAUUAAACGCAAUCCGGACCCUAGUGCUGGAGACAAUCGCGGUAUAUUCAUGGCUACACAGGCCAUCGACUCUGACGCUGUCCGUAGUUCCGCCGCUUCGGCGUAUUAUGAACCCAAUAAGGACCGCGCAAAUCUUCGUAUCCUCACCGGUGCAAAGGUAACGCGACUUAUCACCGAGGGUGGUCCCAGCAUGGACGUCAGGGUUCUGGGUGUGGAAUACGUGCAGGAUGGCUCCACUAGGACAAUGAACGCAUCGCGAGAGGUUAUUCUUUGCGCCGGCUCUUAUCAAACCCCCCAAAUUCUAGAGCUCUCCGGUAUCGGAAACCCGUCUGUUUUAGGGAAGCAUGGAAUUCCUCGCGUUAUCGACUUAUCAAGUGUCGGAGAAAACCACCAGACGUAUGAUAGCAUGCAGGACCCGGAAGUGGCAGAAAGACAAAAAAAGCUCUAUCAUGAGCAAAAAACGGGUCUCUUUUCAUCUGUCCCCAGUCUUUUCGCAUUUUUACCUGUCGAAGCAAUCGAUAAUGAUAAUGCUAUCAGGGAUUCUGCUCGUACCUUGAAGGUCGAUGAUCCCAACCCCGCCGUUCAGAAGACCUUCAAGCUGCAGCAGGAUUGGAUUGAAAACGAAUUGAUUACAUGGAUAGAUAUCAACUUUAUUGAUCGCUACAUGCCUGGUCCAGGUAUCAAGUUCGAGUCUGGCAAGGCUUACAUGACAAUCAACGUCAUGCUAAACCAUCCAUUCAACAGAGGAAGCGUCCACAUCGGUUCUUCGGACCCCCUGCAAAAUCCAACCAUUGAAUUGAAUGCGCUGGAUAACGAUGUCGACCUUGCCAUUCUGGUUCAGACCUUCAAACUGGCUCAGAAAUUUCUAACCACUGGACCGUUGGGCGCACUAGUCGAAGAUCCAACCAGGGAAAUCAAGACUGACGAUAACAUCAAAGCUUUCCUUCGUCAGUCCCUUGGGACCUCUUACCAUCCAGUGGGCACUGUUUGUAUGCUCCCGAAGGCGGAUGGUGGAUGUGUCGAUCCUAACCUCAAGGUAUACGGUACUGCAAAUUUACGUGUUGUUGAUGCGUCGGUCAUUCCGAUCUCUCUCUCUGCUCACACCCAAGCUACUCUAUAUGCAAUAGCAGAGAAAGCAGCGGACAUUGUCAAGAAUGAGAACUAA